AUGCCUGAACCAGCCAAACCCGCGCCCAAGAAGGGCUCUAAAAAGGCCGUCACCAAGACCGCCGUUAAGGGAGGAAAGAAGCGCAGAAAGUCCAGGAAGGAGAGUUACGCCAUCUACGUGUACAAAGUGCUCAAGCAGGUCCACCCCGACACCGGCAUCUCUUCCAAGGCGAUGGGCAUCAUGAACUCUUUCGUCAACGACAUCUUCGAGCGCAUCGCCGGUGAGUCGUCUCGUCUCGCGCACUACAACAAGCGCUCCACCAUCACGUCGAGAGAGAUCCAGACCGCCGUGCGUCUGCUGCUGCCCGGUGAACUCGCCAAACACGCCGUGUCCGAGGGCACCAAAGCCGUCACCAAGUACACC